AUGCAGCUCAGCAAAACUAUUAUCUUCUGCUUCCUUGCACUCCAAACCGCCUAUGCCCUCCCUGUGGCCAAUCCCGACCCUCAGAGCUUGCAGGAGAUCUGUUGCUCACUGUUGGACGAAAUGUUUGCAGCAGCGAGUGCAGCAACUACAGCGGCAAAGGAAGCGGCAGAGAUGCAAUUGGGGAUGGCCAUGAUGGGAUCCCUCGGAAAUGUGGUGGGUAAUGGAGCCAUUGAUUGUGAGGCUGCUUGCCAGAUUCACUAA